AUGGAAAAUCCAUCAUUCGUCUUACGCGCCGUCAAGGACGUUGUCAUAGAGGACCGCCCCAAGCCUGUCCUCAAGGACCCCCACGAUGUUAUCGUCCACGUUGCGCAGACCGGUAUCUGUGGUAGCGACGUUCACUACUGGCAACGCGGUCGCAUUGGCGAUUGCAAGCUCACCGGCCCCAUGGUGCUGGGCCACGAAUCCUCGGGUGUUGUCGUCGAGACUGGUGACAAGGUGACAGACCUUAAACCUGGCGAUCGAGUUGCCAUGGAGCCUGGCGUCCCAUGUCGACGUUGUGAGUACUGCCGAAAGGGCUCCUACCUUCUCUGUGGUGAUAUGAUCUUUGCUGCCACACCACCCUGGGAUGGUACCCUUGCCAAGUACUAUGUCAACGCCGCCGACUUCUGCUACAAGGUCCCUGAUUCAAUGACAUUGGAGGAGGCGGCGAUGGUCGAGCCUGUCUCUGUUGCAGCGGCUAUCGCUAAGACAGCCGAGCUGUGUGCACACCAGACCGUACUUGUUCUUGGGUGUGGUCCAAUUGGUGUUUUAUGCCAGGCCGUCGCCAAGGCCUAUGGAGCUAAGACCGUUAUUGGUGUUGAUGUUGUUCAGUCUCAUCUUGAUGUCGCGAAGUCAUAUGGUACCGACCAUCCGGGCGCGGACCCUAUGGAACAUGCGGAGAAGGUUGCACUACAGAUGAACAAAGAAUUGGGACUUGGUGAUGGUGCGGAUGUUGUUCUUGAAUGUUCUGGCGCAGAGCCUUGUGUUCAAAUCGGUAUCUACGCGGCCAAGAGGGGGGCCACCUUUGUGCAGGCUGGCAUGGGCAAGGAGAACAUCAACUUCCCUAUUACCGCUGUCUGUACCCGUGGGUUGGUAAUCAAGGGAUCAAUUCGCUACUUGGCUGGCUGCUAUCAUGCUGCCAUUGAUCUGAUCGCUAAGGGUCAAAUUGAUGUCAAGCGUCUGAUUACAAACCGCUACAAAUUUGAGGAGUCAGAGCAAGCCUUUGCGCUUGUCAAGGCUGGGCGCCAAGAUGUAUUCAAAGUUAUGAUUGCCGGUGUUGGCUACUAA